AUGAGCAUGUACCACCACACAACAGUGCGCAUAGCGCUGGAAUCCACACAUGAUAAGCAACCUCGGGACAACGGAAACACUGCGCUUCGAAGUCCAGCAUCACAACAUGCGGCCUGGCUUCUAGGGGCCUUCUUCGUGGGGAACGUCGGCCGCCGCCCCAGGAGAGACCCGCCCUGGGGCGCGGCCGCCAAAACCCGGCCUCUGCAGCGCGCCUCGGGCCUUCGGAGAGGGGCAGGCACCCAGGGCGCAGGCGCAGAACGCUGCCGGAGUCUCGCGCAGAGUCCUCGCGAUCACGCCCCGCCCUGGCGGGCGCAGCCGACCGUUUACUUUCGAACCGCGGUCCCGCACUUUCCCAUUGGCCAAUGCUGGGCAGUUGAAUGUUGCGCGGAGACUGCGCCUGCGCCCUCAGACCCGCGAGGCCCCGCCCGGUCUGCACGCCUGAAGUCCCUGAGGGCGGAGGGCGCGGCCGCCGAGCGUGUCUCCGCGUGCCCGGGAAGCGGGGAGCUCGGUUUCCGUGCGGGCGGCCCUCCCCGUGUUGAGGCCGAGGAGGAGAAGACGGCUCUGGGUGCCUCUUCCCCGGAGCACAGGCAGGCAUACAGGCUGGCAAAAUCUUGGACUCCUGUGGAGGCUUCUUGUCUUCCACUUAACUUGAAGCAAUCUGAAAUGACCACGAACGUUUGCUCCCUCAUCCCCAUUGUUGACUAAUAUUGUCGAGAGCUCAGGAGACACUGGACGCUAUAAAAAGAGGUCCUUUGUGACAAUUGAUUUGGUCACAGAAUUGUUGGGAUUUUCAAG